CAUUUGGGUGAAGCCUUUUUGUUGCCCUUUGUGACUGCAUGAUUUUUUUUCUCAUUUUUAUUUUACCAAAUUUUACUUUUUUUUUCAUUUCCAUUGAAAUUCAUAUGUUUCAUUUCUUUGUGGAGCGAUAUCAAAUGGGAUGUGGUGCAACUGAGUCCUUAUUUUUAAAGUCAGAUAUUAAUAUGAUGUCAUAGAGAAAAUUAUGGAAAGUUAAAUUAUCAUUUUACAAACACUUUUAAGACAUUCAUUCUCUAAAAUAGGGAGUUAUUUCUGGUUGUGAGCGGGUUACUGUGAUUAAGAAUUGUUUUUGUCAAAAUUUUGUAUCUCGUUCAUGCGAUAAUUAUUUCUGGAUACAGUAAAUGCUGAUUUGAAUAAUAGAAUGCAAUUUCACUACCAUAUUUUCCGGCUAGGUUUUAGAUUUUCUUUACCUAAUUUUCAAAUAGGUUAGUUUUCAUAAAUCUGGUGUUUGCACUGAGAUUCUAGAAUAUCUCAGCUCUUAUCUAAUGUUACCACAUUUGUGUAUGCAUUACAAGAAAAACCUAUCACCGAUACCAUAACAUGUAAUAAAUUGUGAAAACAAGGCAUCUUGACACAUUGCGCAUGUACUGUAAUGUAAUAAACAUGUCGAAAAGAGAGGGCACAUUGGCGCAUAACUGGAGAAAAAUGAGUAAAAUACAAUUGAUAAAUAUAGUGCAUAUCAGUGCUCAACUGACCAAUGGAAAAAAAAGUGACACAAACAUUCUGCCACGGCUCAUUACGCAAUAAUAUGAAGAAAAAAAAUUGUUCCGAUUAUUGGUUGAAAGAUAUAGUGUAUUAGUAAAAUUUUAGUUGAGGGAAUAGUUAAAAUAUUUUCACUUUUCAAUAUUUUUAUCUUGUAAUUUUUUAAGUAAAAUGCUCCAAUUUUGCUGAAUUACUGACACAAUCAAAUAAAUGGGGGUUUAUGUUAUUUGGUGGCUUGUUAUUUUUUCAUUGUUUUGUAUUGGCCUGGCAGUGCAUGAUUUUGUUCAUAAGCAUGUGCGGUGCACUAUCAUCCUUUUUUUUUAUAUGUGUUAUUUAUGUGCCUUUUGUUCUGGAUAUGACUCUGCAAGAGCAGCUGCUGGCUAAGAAGCUGCGGACCCAGCAUAACAAUGUAUCUUUUUAGAAUCAGUAUCUAUGUGCUAUUGCUUCAUAUAUAGUAGGCAAAGUAUUCUUCUCCUUAUAUAAAUUCAAAAACUUCUGAAAUAUUGUAAAAUUUGAAAACAACUCUUAGGGGAACCCAUGGUAAAAUUUAUUGCACCACGCUUGUCAACCGUGCUCAUCCUAAACAGUUACAAUCUUGUGGGUGUAACUUUCGAUCAUGAUUGAUUAUGUGUUCUUCUCCAUCAAGUUCAUUCAUAUGAAAUAAAAACCUGGUGAACUAUUUUCCUGUACAUUGACUAGUAACUAGACGAAAUACCAUUGUUUGCGCUUUGAAUGAUCUGUCAUAUCAGCUUAUCCAUACAAAUGAAUUUGAAAAUCAUAUACUGUAUUAGGAUAGGAUUUACAUAUUUAUCCGAGGAUAAUGGAAAUUCGAUAAGACGGCCUAAUCCAAUGAUGAACCACGGCUUUUCAUCCGAUUACCAGUCCAUGUCUGGUAUGGGAUUAGUUAGUCAAUUAUUUGUUUCAAACACAUGGACUUUGAUGGUGGAGGAAGCAGUAACCGACCAGCCGUUAUGUGAACCACCCUACGUCAGUGAGCGGCCAGCAAUACUCUCGCACAUUAUUAUCCACCGCCCUAUGGUGGUGGGAGUAUUUCUAAUGCUUAGCAUGAUGCGCCACACCGCCGUUUCAGUUUAUAUUCUGGAUCAUAAAGUGCAGACUGUUAUUGUUUUUAAUUUUUUUUUUAAAUUUUAGCAUUACAUAUUGAUGCCUAUUUGAAAGCGUAAUAUUUAUAUUUUCAGAAAAAACAAAAUCACCAUCUCCGGACGGACCUGACGACGGAAAAGAAGAAAAGGAAAAUUUGGUUAUCCAAGCGGGAGCAGGCGAAAUGGAACUUCAAGGAAGGCCAGGUGGACGAAAUCAGGGUAAUAAUCGUGGGGAUGCUGAUAAUUCAAAUGGAGACAUUGGUGUUUCGGAUUCACAAAAUCCGUCGGAGACUCCAAUUAGACAAAAAAUUUCUGGUCUCAUUGCACCUCCAGAGGACAGUGGUAAUACCGGCAAUCAGCCAGGAGACAGCCCGGACCAUCCUCAGGAGGAACAUGUAGCACCAGUAUCUCCACAUAUCGAAGGUCCGAGUGUUUCUCUUCCUGAAGAAAAUGGUGAUAACGCCAAUCUACCCAGUGAAGGCCGAGAGAAUCUUCAACGGCAACCUGAUACAACUGUAGCCCAAACUACUCAAGGUGAAACAAAUGUUCCAAAGCGGCCAACGCAACUUCAAAAUCUUGGGGAAAACUAUAGACGUAAUGAGGAAUCUGACAAUGCAAAUGAAUCAACAUUAUUAUUGCAACAAGAACAGGUAAGAUCCCAACAGAAAGUUCCCUCUCCAAUCUAUGACACAGCAGAAUUAGCAUUUGCAGAUGUAGAACCCAAUGGAACAGAAGAUCUCCCCCCGCUAAAGAAAGGUGACAUAGUUGAUCUCCCCCCGCAAAAGAACAGUGACCAUAAAGAAAAAGAUAGAUCAACUGUAAAAAUACAAAUAAACGAAUCUCAAGAUCAAGAAAACCUCAGAAAGGCUGCGAGACCUAAAAGCAUUGAAGGUGCUUCAUCAUCAAUGGAAACCAAACAAACAGUUGGGACGGAAUCUGGUGAGGGAGCAGUUGCUAAUAAAGCUAUGAAUGAAGGAAACCUUCGAAACUUAUCUACGGAAUUUCAUACAUCUUAUAGAGAACGCCAAGACUUUUUACCUGACGUGGAAGUUUGUUGUGUUGAAAGUCAUCUUCAAGAUCACAAAGUUGGAAAGACGAUGAUAGAAGCACUAGAAGACAAAAGUGAUAAAGAUCUUAAACCAUUUGUCAGGCGUCUCCUCAAAAGAACGAUAGCAGUAGAGGAAAUUGCUACAAAUCAUCAAGGAGAUAAUAGAGAAAUGAAACAUCAAUGGAUUCAAGCAGUUAUUACUCAGGCAGGGCGAAAGUUGACCCCGCAAGUUCUUUUUGAUAACACUCCCACCCACUACCAAUCUUUUAAAGAUACUUUAGAAGAUAAAUUUUUCGAAAAUCUGAAAAGAUGUGAUAAUCAUUCAUGAGAAUAUGCAUGUAAUGCAAGCAACGAAAACAAUGGAAAAAAGUGUCAAAUGACAUCACAGGAAAUGAUCGACAGAUGAGCAAGCAUGGGAGUUAAAAAUCCAACUUGGAAUCAAUGAGUCAUAAUGUGCCAAAAAAUUAUAGAACAAAGAAUGAAACAGUUCAUUAUAUUAUCUAAAGAAAAUAAAUUAUCAAAACUUUACUUUUUACGUUGCUUCUCUAUUUUUUUAUUCAUUCUUGAAAUUUAUGCUGUAUUAACAAAUUUUCAAUUCCUAGUAGUUCAGGAAUUUGUUCAAAUACUCUUUACUAUAAGUAAGUUGUUUUCAAUUUUACAGU